GUUAGAAAACAUCGCAACCGCUUGGAUGAUUUUUAUUUCGGCAAACGGUGACUGUUUACAUUUUUUGGUGUUGUAAAGUUUUCUGGAAAAAAGCCAUAAUAAUCUGAGAAAUUGGACCUCUUUACUCGCUGUGAUACUAGUAAUUGAUACUUCAUAAUGGCUCGACGGUAUGAUUCCAGAACGACAAUUUUCUCGCCGGAAGGCCGCCUCUACCAGGUGGAGUAUGCAAUGGAAGCUAUUUCGCAUGCCGGUACCUCAUUGGGAAUUCUGGCAAAGGAUGGAAUUCUGCUAGCUGCAGAAAGGCGAAAUACCAAUAAGCUGCUCGACAGUGUUAUUUUUUCGGAGAAGAUCUACAAACUGAACGAUGACAUGGUAUGCUCCGUUGCCGGAAUUACUUCCGACGCCAACGUGCUAACAAAUUUGCUUCGAGUAAUUGCUCAACGCUAUCAGCUGAACUAUGGAGAAGCCAUGCCCUGCGAGCAGCUUGUAUCGCACCUCUGCGAUGUGAAGCAAGCUUAUACGCAGUAUGGUGGUAAGCGACCGUUCGGUGUUUCGAUUCUGUACAUGGGAUGGGAUAAACAUUACGGAUAUCAACUUUACCAAUCGGACCCUAGUGGAAAUUAUGGUGGAUGGAAAGCCACAUGUAUUGGAAACAAUUCAGCAGCGGCGGUAUCUGCGUUGAAGCAAGAAUUGGGAGAUAACGAAAUCUCUUUGGUUCAGGCACAAGAUCUUGCAGUCAAAGUACUGUCCAAGACCUUAGACAUGACCAAGCUAACGUCGGAAAAGAUUGAAAUGGCAGUUUUGACCCGGGAGAACAACAAAACCGUAAUCAAAAUCCUCUCCAGCACUGAAGUGGACGCUCUCAUCGCCAAAUACGAAAAGGCAGAAGCCGAAGCGGAAGCAGCCAAGAAAGAGAAAUUGGCACAAAAAGCCGACAAGUAAGCAACAUGCCGUCAAGAGUAAGUUACGUUUUUGAUUUGAAAUGGUCUACUUUUCAUUUAAAAUGUGUGAAAAUUAGAAAUUCAUUCUGUUCAUACAUAAA